AUGGCCCUGUGGACGCGCCUCCUGCCCCUGCUGGCCCUGCUGGCCCUCUGGGCGCCCGCCCCUGCCCAGGCCCUGGUCAACCAGCACCUGUGCGGCUCCCACCUGGUGGAGGCGCUGUACCUGGUGUGCGGGGAGCGGGGCUUCUUCUACACGCCCAAGGCCCGGCGCGAGGCCCAGGACCCGCAGGCGGGGGAGGCGGAGCUGGGCGGUGGCCCCGGCACCGGGGGCCCGCAGCCCCUGGCCCUGGAGCGAGCCCUGCAGAAGCGCGGCAUCGUGGACCAGUGCUGCACCAGCAUCUGCUCGCUCUACCAGCUGGAGAACUACUGCAACUAG